AUGACGGAUUCGCAGUUUCGGAAUGUGAAGAUCAAUAGGGAGAGGUUGUGGAAUGAUCUCCAUGGAACUUGCGAAUGGGGGACGGGCGAGCGAUGGGGAGAAGGAAACACGGACAUUGGUAUGAAGCGCCUCACAUUGACAGAUUCGGAUAAGCAAGUUCGGGAUUGGUUUGUCAAGACAACAGAGUCUCUUGGCUGUAAAGUGUCUAUCGAUGAGAUGGGAAACAUUUUUGCAGUGCGUCCGGGGAGGAAAGCUGGGCCACCGACUUAUGCCGGAUCCCAUUUAGAUACUCAGCCGACCGGAGGACGCUACAAUGGCAUUCUGGGAGUUCACGCCGGUAUCGAAGUUCUCAAAACCCUGAAUGACAAUGAUAUCACCACGGAAUAUCCAACAGGGGUGAUCAACUGGACCAAUGAAGAAGGGGCUCGGUUUCCAAUCUCCAUGAUUGCUUCAGGAGUAUGGGCGGGAGCCUACUCUCUUGAGAAGGCUUACAAUCUUGUUGAGGUUGGCAGCGGAAAUGCCACUCAGAAGUCGGAGCUGGAAAGAAUUGGUUAUCUCGGCUCCCUGGAAGCUAGUUACAAGGGCAAUCCAAUCGGGGCACAUUUUGAGUUGCAUAUUGAGCAAGGUCCGAUUCUUGAGAAAUCGAAUGGCAAGAUCGGAGCUGUAGAAGGCGUUCAAGCCUACCGCUGGUUCCUCAUCACGGUCAAAGGUGCCGACUGUCACACCGGCACAACAGACUUCACCAACCGUUCAGAUGCCCUACUUACAGCUGCGAAGCUGAUCCUUUAUAGUCACAACAAGGCUACUGAAAUGGGCUGCUUAGCUUCGACCGGCAUUCUCACAUUGAAGCCUGGAUCGACAAACACCGUUCCAGGAUUCGUCCAAUUCUCCCUGGAUAUAAGAUCCAAAGAAGAUGCUCUCCUGCUAAGGCUUGAAACGGCGCUGAAAGAAGGGUUUGCGAAGGUUGCUGCUGGUGAAAAUAUCGGUGGACUGAAUUCUCUCGGGACCAAGGGUCGAGGCUGUAUUGUGGACUGGAAGCUGGAAACGGAUUCCCCUUCAACGCAAUUUCAUGAGGACUGCAUCAGAUGCGUAGAGCAAAGUGCGAACGAUAUGCUGGGGACAAGUUCUGCCCCUACAGUGCAAAGAAUGACGUCUGGUGCUGGUCACGACAGGUAUGAUCCGAUGACUGCAGUCAGAGCCACUGACCAUUGCUAA